UUGGUCACGUGACCUACACGGGCCUGACGUUCAAUGACGUCACUCGUGUUGUCGGUUGUUGGCUGAUCAGCUGAUCACGCUGAGUGGAGCCAGAGCACUGCGAGUAGACGCUUUAAUUCAACUUAAAUCGCUAUACUUUUUCUGUAGUGUUGGUGGAGUGUGUGCGAGCGUAACAUCAUGGGGGAGAUGUUCCGCAGCGAGGAGAUGACUCUGGCCCAGCUCUUCCUGCAGUCAGAGUCUGCCUACUGUUGUGUCAGCGAGCUCGGGGAGAUCGGCAUGGUGCAGUUCAGAGACCUGAACCCUGAUGUGAACGUCUUCCAGAGGAAGUUCGUAAAUGAAGUGCGUCGUUGUGAAGAGAUGGACCGCAAGCUGAGGUUUGUUGAGAAGGAGAUAAAGAAGGCUGGUAUACCCAUAGUAGACACAGGAGAGAACCCAGAGGUCCCUUUCCCUCGAGACAUGAUUGACUUGGAGGCAACAUUUGAGAAGCUGGAGAUUGAGCUGAAAGAAAUCAACACUAACCAGGAAGCACUGAAGAAGAACUUUCUGGAGCUGACCGAGCUCAAACACAUCCUCAGGCGCACACAGCAGUUCUUUGAUGAGAUGGAGGACCCUGCUCUACUGGAGGAAUCGUCCAUUCUGCUGGACCCGACUGAGGUCAUCCGAGCUCCUCUCAGGCUUGGAUUUGUCGCAGGCGUGAUUGGUCGAGAGAGGAUUCCCACCUUUGAGAGGAUGUUGUGGAGAGUUUGCCGAGGCAACGUGUUCCUGCGCCAAGCAGACAUCGAAGACCCCCUGGAAGACCCCACUACAGGUGACCAGGUGCACAAGUCUGUGUUCAUCAUCUUCUUCCAGGGAGAUCAGCUGAAGAAUAGGGUGAAGAAGAUCUGUGAAGGGUUUCGGGCUACGCUGUACCCCUGCCCUGAGACACCACAAGAGAGAAAGGAAAUGGCUGCAGGAGUCAACACUCGUAUUGAUGAUCUCCAAAUGGUGCUGAAUCAGACGGAGGAUCAUAGACAGCGCGUCCUACAAGCUGCGGCUAAGACCCUGCGGGUGUGGUUUAUCAAAGUGAGGAAGAUGAAGGCUAUCUACCACACGCUAAACCUCUGCAACAUCGAUGUCACACAGAAGUGUCUGAUUGCUGAAAUCUGGUGUCCGUUGUCUGACCUGGACUCCAUUCAGCUUGCUCUGCGGCGAGGCACAGAGAAAAGUGGUUCCACCGUUCCCUCCAUCCUGAACAGGAUGCAGACCAAACAGACUCCACCCACCUACAACAAGACCAACAAGUUUACCUCUGGCUUUCAGAAUAUCGUGGAUGCGUACGGCAUCGGCACCUACCGUGAAAUAAACCCAGCUCCCUACACUAUCAUCACCUUCCCCUUCCUGUUUGCCGUCAUGUUUGGGGAUCUGGGCCAUGGCUUGUUGAUGACCUGCGGUGCUCUUUAUCUGGUCCUGCGAGAGAGUCGGCUCAGCGCCCAGAAAAAUGACAACGAGUUGUUCAGCAUGGUGUUUUCAGGGCGUUACAUUAUACUUCUGAUGGGGCUUUUCUCUGUCUACACCGGGAUCAUCUAUAACGAUUGCUUUUCCAAGUCGCUCAACGUCUUCGGCUCAGGCUGGAGCGUGCGGCCCAUGUUCACGACGGACGGCCAAGGCAACUGGACGUUUGACAUCCUUAAAGAGAACAGGUUGAUGCAGUUGGACCCGGCCGUGCCAGGAGUGUUCGGGGGACCCUUUCCCAUCGGCAUCGACCCGAUCUGGAGCUUGGCCUCCAACAAGCUGACCUUCUUGAACUCCUAUAAGAUGAAGAUGUCUAUAAUCCUGGGAGUUACUCAGAUGCUCUUUGGGGUCAUUCUCAGCCUCUUUAAUCACAUCUACUUUAAGAAGCCUCUGAACAUCUGGCUGGGCUUCAUCCCUGAGAUCAUCUUCAUGUGCAGCCUGUUCGGUUACCUGGCGCUGCUCAUCUUCUACAAGUGGACCGCGUAUGAUGUUUCAACCUCCAAGGAAGCUCCCAGCCUCCUCAUCUCCUUCAUCAACAUGUUCCUCUUCAACUAUAAUGACCCUACUACCAGACCGCUAUACAGAGGACAGAUGGUGAUUCAGUGCCUCUUGGUGGUCAUCGCUCUUUUAUGCGUGCCCUGUAUGCUUAUAGUAAAGACGGUGAUUCUGCGCAGACAGUACCUCUGGAGGAAGCACCUUGGCACGCAGAACUUUGGGGGGAUCAGAGUGGGCAAUGGCCCUACAGACGACGAAGCUGAGAUCAUCCAGCAUGAUCAACUCUCUCAGAACAUAGAGGAAGAGCCAGAGCAGUCAGAAGAGGAAGUGUUUAUUUUAGCAGACGUAGCGGUGCAUCAGGCCAUUCACACUAUAGAGUACUGCUUAGGCUGCAUCUCAAACACGGCCUCCUACUUGCGCCUGUGGGCCCUGAGUCUAGCCCACGCACAGCUGUCAGAGGUCUUGUGGUCCAUGGUGAUGCGCAUCGGACUCUUCUCUAGAACUUUUGCCGGCUUCGUCGGCCUAAUUUUCAUUUUUGCUAUCUUUGCCACACUGACGGUGUGUAUCUUACUGAUAAUGGAGGGUCUGUCUGCUUUCCUACACGCCCUCAGAUUGCACUGGGUGGAGUUUCAGAAUAAGUUCUACACAGGUCAGGGCUUCAAGUUCAUGCCCUUUACUUUCGACAGCAUCCUGGAGGGAAAGUUUGAAGACUAAACAGCUUCUGCCUUUUCAGCCAUCCUCCACCAUCCCUCAAACCCCUCAUCCCCCAUUCCUUAUCUACCGCUUUACAGCGCCAGUCAGAGUAGCAGGCAGUAAUGAGAGGAAGAAAUAUGAGCUCCAUCAUUUAGGUGAAAAAGAAUCAUUGGCACUGCAUUAUCGUGUAUCACUUUAAUUCUGCUCUCGUAUUUAAAUUCCAUAAUUUAUGAUUUGUUUGUAUGAUGUGACUCAUCUUCAUAAAUAAGCUAAUGCAAAGAAGAAUCGCAGAUUAUUUAAAGGAGACGUAUGACGGGGUUGCGUUUGUCUCGUAUGCAGUACAUCGUGCUGACUCGCGUGUGCAUUUCUGUCCUCGGACAGAUUUCACUACCAUAUUUCUCUCGAGUCAUUGUUGUGUUUAUUGUGUGCUUCCUUAUAUCUGAUUAGUUUGAAACAGACAUCUCUCAAGUAAUCCCACCUCUUUUCCAUUUUCUGUUUUUCACUCAAAGGGACUCCACAAAGCUCUUUAAAAAUUCUCUUUUUAUUAUGUCUACAUGUAUAUUUACCUCUGUUUACAUUAUAUUAUUUAAAUGUGUUUUAUGUAGUGAACCUUUUUUGCGAUUAUUUCAAGUGUUUUGUUUUUUUUUCCGUAAAGAACAUAUCAGAACUUGGUAAUCCACACGUAUAUCAUGAAUGUGGUUCUGUUUGUGAUUGGUUUAAUAUCAGGAAAUUUUACACUACACCUACUUUAGUGUAACCCAUGUUACAUGUUCCUUCUAACCCAUGGAUACAUCGUCUGUAUUUCACUGCUCAUCAUUAGUCUUUGUGGAUUUUAACGAGUUACAAUUGAAAUUUCUCAUUGUGUCUCAAUCUGGUGUGUUUCUGUCCGUUUUUUUCCCCACACAACCCAAGUGUCUGAGGUAUUGCAGGUGAAGCUAAAACACAGCAGCAAUUUACAAUGUAAAAUUCAUGAUGGAAAAAGAUUGGGAUGUUGUCUGUAUGUCAAUAAAAGGCGAGGAUGGGAAA